AUGACGGAUGUUUUCCGCGGUCCCCAACGUCCCAAACACCUUGAUCGCGGCCUCGACCAGACGCCAUCAUUGCGCACACCAUCCAAGAUGACCACGCCGGCGGUAGUCCGUGACAACUUCGUCUACAAUGAUGCUUUUUUCGCCCAGGUCGACGACAACAAGCGACACCCUCGGGCCUCUGUCGCCGAGUUGACUUCGCUGCUACGACCUGAGACCAGUUCUGCUCCACCACCCAAAGACCAAGUCGGCCACUGGUACCAAGCUCAACUUUUGCACUAUGGACUGCCAUCAAGUAAAGAUAAGAACACAGCANAAGUUCGACUCCUCCAGGCCAUCAACGCCAACACUUNNUCCGUGCCCGAUCAUGUCACCAAGCUAGAGAAGGACAUGAAGAAGGAGUUCAAUGCUGCUGCAAGAAAAGCAAAGGCUGCAGAGAAGACCACUCCAGCUCCAACCAAGGGCAAGAAAAGAACCCACGAAGAGGCAACAACAAAUACAAAGAUCACCUUGACCGUCGGUAGAGUCUCUAUCACUGUGGACCAGCAGACGGCUGCCUCCAUCNCCUCCGCUGUAGCUGGAGCAUCCGAUCCCGCCGCCAAGAAGGCCAAAAUCGUCAAAGAGAAAGUUGUUCCCGCGAAGACAAAGCAGAUCAAGGAUGCUGCAGCCGCUGUCAAUCUCAAGAAGUCCGCUCAAGACAGUACUACCGUCAAAGCCAAGCCUUCGUCCACUACUGAGAAAUCGACCAAGAGGACUGAGUUGACCAGGACACAAACCAAGAGUACUGAACCUGCGCAACCUAAACCAAAGGCUGCUCCCAAGCCCAAAGAUUCCUCCACUGUGGACAAACAGAAAGCAGAACCCAAAGCCACGAAGCCGACGGGAGAUAAGUCCAGUCCACCUCCACCACGCACAAAACAGACCGCCCGUAGAAGCAAGCCCUUUAACCCCUUGCCACAUGACAGACCACUUGGAAACCAGCCGCAGCACACACAUGACCACACCCCUAGCGAUUGGAACCAUCUACCGCAUAUCAAAUCCGAGUCUGACAGAGACGUCAAUGGCACCUACCUUCUGCAUUUGCGAUCCCACUCUCCCGACAAUAUUCCUCAAUUCAAUGGUCCUCCUCGCGUAUCCAUCCACCACGACGUCUACACAAACAAGCUCUGGGGACACUUCACCAUUGGUCCAAAGACUGGCGUCAUCCGUGUUGAUGACUUUACUCUCGGUACUCCUCGGGUAUGCAGUUUCAACUGGCGUGCUCGCGACAUGAGCAGUGGACAACUGCGAUUUGGACGUUAUUGUGAAGGUAUGAUGGAGCUCAGUAUUCAUGGCCUUGAUAGAGGCACCUUCUAUCGCUUGUUCGAUGGCCUUGAUGUCGAUUUUGGUGUCAGCAGUAUCACCAGAGACACUCAGAUGGACUGGCCUGACUGGAUGGAUCAAUGGGAGAGUUACGUGAAGGAGGCUUACGGCUCCAAACAGCCAACAGAGGAUGAAUCCAUUAAACCUCGCGUCCGCACGAAGCAGACAGCACGUAAGAAAUAG